CGUUGUCAGUCUUCGAUAGUCUCUCGAGAAAGCGAAAUUAAGAUUGAGCAACACACUUUUGGUUAAAAUAACGCCUGUGAUUGAACAAACAAAAAGAUAAAGGAGCAGCUCUAUGGCGCAUGUUAGAAAGAAUAAUUCCAUCUAACGCAUUUUGGAAGGGUAUUAACGAAUAUUUAAACAGGAAAUUUAUUUCUUAUGAUACGGUAAAUACUCCCAAUGAUUUAUGGAGCGUUAUGCAGAUUGUCAUAAAUGAAUUAAAUCUUACAAAUUAUAAUUUGGACGUAAAAGAGAUGAUGACUAUUUGGGCUAUGCAGCAGCAUUGUCCCGUGUUAAAUGUUACACGAUACUAUUCUAAAAACGUGCAAAAAUAUUUGUAGAGUUUGAGGACGACAUGAAUCACAAACCAUAUUUUAUACCUGUCACUUUUACUGAAGAAACAAAUAUUACGAAUUUUAACGUAACUGCUUCAAAUAUUUAUUAUUUGACGCGCUCAAAACCAAUAUUAGACAUACCAUUAUCUGAACCAGAAAAUUGGGUAAUUUUGAACUUACAACAAAUUGGAUUUUAUCGCGUCAACUAUGAUAAUAAAAAUUGGAAGUUAAUUGCGCGUUACUUGAAUUCUGAACAGUAUACAAAUAUACAUGUUCUGAAUCGAGCCCAAAUCAUCGAUGACUCAUUCCAUCUGAUGACACAGAAAAAACUCAAUUUUUCCAUAUUUUGGGAACUCUCGAGUUAUUUAUGGCAAGAGAAGGAUUUCAUAGCAUGGUAUCCUAUGUUUAAAUCUCUGGAGUACGUGUCGAAUAUUAUUCCAUUUUUAAAUGCUGGAGAAAAUUUUCUAGAAGUAUUCAAGUCAUUAGAAAAAAUAAAAAAUCUAUUUGAACGUGUAGCAGAACAAAUAUACAAUCACACGGCACCCACUAAAUACGACAUUGAUAAAUAUUUAAUGCAGGAAAUUGCAAAAUGGAGUUGCAUUAUGAAUAGUACUUUAUGUAUUGAAAAGGCCAAAAAUCAAUUGAGAUUGCAUAUAGAAAAUCCUCAAGAAAAUAGAAUAACGACUGGAUGGCAUAAAUGGACAUAUUGUAAUGGUUUAAAAAGAGCGAACUACACUGUUUGGAACCAAGUAUGGACAGAAGCAACUACUAAAUACCAAGAAAAAUCUGAUUAUACAAUGUUUGAAUUUCUUACUUGCAUCGAGAAUCCCCAAAUUCUUUCUUAUCUGCAGUCAGCUUUAAGAAGAUUUGAAAUGGAUUUGUUCUUUAUAAAUAAAAAUAAUAAAACGCAAGAAAUGAUAAAAAAUCAACAGUAA